AUGGAUUCUUCGAAAUCCCAAACCGUGGAGCUCCGAGAGCAGUCAUCACCAAGCCCUCCAGCAGAAGACAGGUUUCCGGAGGGCGGGUAUGGCUGGGUCUGCGUCGUCUGCCUCUUCAUGAUUCAUGCCCAUACGUGGGGGAUAAACUGCGCCUUUGGGGUCAUCCUUUCGUUCUAUCUUUCCAGCAAUGAAUUCCCCGGCACAUCGGCUUUGGUCUAUGCCGCCAUCAGUGGCCUGAGCAUCUCGUGCGCGUGCUUCAUUGCCCCUUUUCUGACCUUCCUUGCACCCAUCCUGCCUCUCCGCUUCUUCAUCCUGGCAGGUGCAACUCUUCAGGCGGUUUCGAUGGUCGGCGCUUCGUUCACAACCCAGAGUUGGCAACUGUUUCUCACACAAGGCCUUGGGUUUGGGUUUGGGAUGGGAUUCCUGUAUAUCAGUACUGUGGGAAUACCCAAUCAGUGGUUUAAGCACAGACGUGGAACCGCCAACGGGAUUAUGGCUGCCGGCUCGGGCACUGGGGGCUUUGUCUACUCCCUCGUGACAAAACAGAUGUUGGAUGCACUCGGAUUCGAAUGGACAUUCCGCCUGCUCGGCAUCAUCUCCUCGACAGUCAAUCUGGUUGCCGGGAUGCUACUCCGCGAGCGUUUUUCCAAAGAUCGACCAAAAAUGACCUCCUCACGCUUACGCCGGCCCGCAUUUCUCCUCUUCCUGCUCUUUGGUUUUUUUAGCAUGCUGGGCUAUAUCUCUCUCCUCUUCAGCCUCGCAAGCUACGCAGAGGCAAUCGGCCUGGGCGCCAGAAGAGGCAGUCUGGCGAGCGCCCUGCUCAACCUGGGCCAGGCGAUUGGCCGCCCCCUCGUCGGCGUCCUCAGCGACCGCUUCAGCCGCCCCAAAGUUGCCGCCAGCAUGUCAAUCUUUUGCGGCUUAUGCUGCAUAGCAUUGUGGCCCUUUGCCUUGGGCGAGGUCUCUCUGUACGUCUUCUCUAUUCUCGCGGGCCUAGGAGCGGGGACAGUCUGGGCAUCGGCGCCACCGCUGGCCGCGGAGCUUGUGCCGUUGUCUGAGGUGGGCUGGGCACUGGCUGUGUUUUUCGUGUGUGUGGCGCCUGCUGGGACGGUUUCGGAGGUGAUUGCGCUGCGGCUUAGGGGCGCAGGGAGCGUACAAAGGCCUUAUAUUGCUGCGCAGAUGUUUACAGGCGCGGCGUAUCUUGCGGCGGGGGCGUCGCUGGGCCUUGUUCCACUUUUUCUGUAG